AUGAAUGCACAGGCUACGCAACCUGCCAAGAUCGCCAAACCUCCACCGCAGCGUCGUAAUCCAGACGCACGUCGGGAGCAGAACCGCAACGCAUCGCGCAACUAUCGUAACACAAUCUCCAGCCAGAAGAGGAAAGAGAAGCUCGCUCUGCUGGACCAACUCACCUCACAGUCCACGGUGUCCGUAGACCAACCCCGACAAUCCAACAGUCAUGCCGGCAACAGUCAAAGAAGCAGGGAGCAAUGUCACUCGGCAGACCCUGUGCCUGACCCAGAGAUCGAACUCAUAGAUCUAGCAGUCGAUCAGGCGGCCGUCCAUGCCCCCGCCGCCCAGAAAAACCACGUCCUAACAGGGCGUCUGACAGAUCACGGCUUCAACGCAUGGUCUGGGACCAGGUCUCUCCAAGCCCAUCCAUCCACUGCCCUCUCGACGAAUGAGUCGUGGCAGCUGUCCAACUCGUCAUCAUCUACCUCAUCACCUCCCACGAGCCUUGAAGACGACGAAGCAGUUCUCACCGCGCUGCAGCACAUCCAGACGCUGAGUGUCUCACAGAAACGCGCCUUGCUCCGCCAUCUCAAGGAGCAGACGCCCGCUCUCGAACCAGCACCAGCCAUCAUACCAGGCGCAACUUGGGCGUCGAGCCAUAAUACGCCACCCGGGCCCCCGAGGAGUCGUCUGCAAGAGGAGGCCCGCCGCUUCGCAACGUUCAUCGACCGGCACAUGACCGGCACACUGUCCCCGAUGCAGCUGUCGCGCAUCUACGUCGUGGAGGCGGGUCUCUUUGGUGCUCUGUUCGCCAACUGCUACGCACUCGGGAUGAGCGACAUUGGGCCCAUGAUAGUGGAGAACGGAUGCAGCCCCUUUUCCAUCGGGCCGGAGACGGGAUAUCACGAGUCGCAGCUGGUGUCGAUAAAGCCCAGAUUCCGAAGCAUCACGCCCGAUCUGCAGCCCAAGGAUAUACAGCUCACCUUUGGCCAUCAUCCUUACAUCGACGUGAUUCCAUUUGGGGACUUCCGCCAGAGAACACUGCAGGCUCUGAGCGCUGAAGACGUUACCCUGGACGAGGACCAGCUGUGCCUUGACUUGGGAGGUGGGGGCCUGGUUUGCUGGGGCAGUCAGCAAAGCUCCCUCGGCAUGGAGGCUGGUGUGCCGUGGGAUGCACGCUCGUGGGAACCCCAGAUGUGGUUCAUGAAGAAGUAUUGGGACCUCGUGGGAGGGUUCGAGGGCGAGAUGUACAAAAGUCUCGAGUGGUGGCACCAAACGCGAGGGCAGCAGGUCUCGUGGUAG